CGGAAAUAAUGGGACGCCGGAGGAGCUAAGCUGUUGGUUAGCUUGUACAGUUUUGAGCAGAAACAUUCUUCUGACAUGAGCUUCGCCUUUUUUCGUUCUCGUUUUGAGUCCGAACUCAUUGUCACGGAGUAUGUCAAAGGCUGGAGAUCUAGAGAAGAACUGGUACUCCAUACUUGGGGCGACUCCCAGUGAUGAUUUCCAAGAGCUGAAACAGAGGUAUCAGAGACUGGUCCUAAUGUUACACCCAGACAAACAGAAGCCUGGCCUAUCAGAAGAGGAGGCUGGGCUGCUGCUGCAGAGGUUCAUAGACGUGGAUCAGGCCUGGAAGAUCCUGAGCAACGAGGAGAGCAGGAGGGAGUUUGACCUCCAGCUGCGUGCACGUGAACUGAAACAAAGCUGGCCAGUGGAUGCUUGCGUUACUCUGGAGGACAUGAACUGGGACGUCGAGAAUGAGUGUUACUCGUACAGCUGCCGCUGCGGCGGCGACUUCAUACUGGAGAAGGAAGACGCACUGGUGGGUGAGGAUGCUGUCGUGUGCUGCGACACGUGCUCGCUCAGCAUCGAAGUGAAGAGAGCUACAUGACGGAAGCGUAACCGUUCUUCCUCAACGCCGUAAACUUGUCAUCAACCCGGUGUUUCAGCGUCAUUCUUAAGUCAGUGCUUAUUAUUGUGGACAUGAAAACGGUGCCUAAUAACUAGCACCUCUGUAUAUACCAAAUCCUAGGACAUUAAUUUGAUUUUUUUUUUUUGUUAAAAUGGCAGAAUAAUGGUCAAUUAGUGAUGAAUGUUAACAAUUUUUUUAUUUAUUUAUUUUUUUUAAUUUUUUGAUUUUUCUUUGGAUUUUUUUUUUUUUUUAAAUGGUAUUAUAAUGUCCAGUAUUUCACAUUUUUAUUUAUUAAAAAAAAGAUACUUGUUUUCUUUUCUGUCGUUUCUCUCACUAUUUUUUUUUUUUUUUUAUUUUGUCGUGUUGGAAUUUUAAUCCUGGCACAAAUCAAAAG